UCAAAGUAGCAUAACCAGCCAGAUAAGAUCAAAUCAGGUCCUGAAGCAACAAUUUUCUUGAGGAGCCCCUAUCAGAUUAAUAGUUUCAUAUAUAAGCUGAGGCUGCAAUUGUAACCAGCCGUGUUCAAAUGUGACGCUGGUACCUCUAUCACCUCGAUCCUGUCUAUUCAUCUUGGUUAUAUGCAAAUGGAGAGGAUAGAUGAUCGCAGAAGAACUAGGACAGUUUUGCACCAUGUAGAUGCUGUUUUUAUGGUGAGUUCUCCAUAUCUCACUUGUUGUAAUGUUUGAAGUUUGCAAUAAGCUCAGGAUAUGCAAAAUAUGAAAUAAUGUUUAACUUAGGGAAAUGUGAAUGUUAUUUGCAGAUAAGAAACCUAGAUUAUUAGUGCCACAUUUAAAUUAUUUUAGCCUUCACUCAUGUACUUCUUAGGCCAGUAAAAUAAGAUUAUGUGUACAUUAGCAUUAUAUUCUACUUAUAAAUCUAGUUAAUUGUUUGUUUCAAAUAAAUUCAGUUGUUUUAGUUUUGGGUUAGCAAUGCAGAUUAUUUGUGCUACACUGAGGGGAUUGAAUUUCAGCUGUACCUUUUAGGGUUUAAUGAUGUAUUUCAGGGAUUGAAUUAGAGCAAUAUAAUGGAGGUCGCAAAGCUGUUGGUGGACCUUCGGAAUGAAUGGGCAGUGCAAAGUCUGGUCCUUUUUAGCUUCGCACUGCAAGUAUUUCUGCUCAUGUUCGCUUGGAUCCGUCGGCACAGCGUGUCUACUUUCGCAAGGUUGCUCCUGUGGCUGGCUUACCAGCUGGCCGACUCUACAGCACUCUUCACUCUUGGACACCUUUCAAUUAGCAGCAAGCUGCCGGAGCACCAGCUGGUGGCGUUCUGGGCCCCGUUCCUGCUGGUGCAUCUCGGCGGGCAGGACACCAUCAGCGCCUACUCCUUCGAGGACAACCGGCUGUGGUUGCGGCACCUUGAGACUCUUGUCUUGCAGGUGUUGGCAGCUGCCUAUGUCCUCUACAAGUAUAUGCCCAGCAGCGAGACGUUGGUCAUAGCUGCCGCCGUCUUGAUUUUUGUUGUCGGUAUUCUCAAGUAUGGGGAGAGGAUCUGGGCGCUGAGAUGCGCCAGCUUUGACAACAUGUGGAGCUCUUUUGACCAGUCGGAUGCCAGCGCUCGUGAAAGCCAAAGUGACAUCCUUCUCCGCCAAGUACUGGAAAGAAGGUUCUUCAUGAGAGAGGACGCGGAGGUGAUUUUGAUGGGAGCUCACGGCAUGUUCGAUGUAUGCAAGGGACUAUUCAUCGGCAUCCGGACAGAGCGUUCCAAGUAUAUGAGCGACGUCUUGCGGUCCUUCCAAAUGUAUGGCCGCCUGGACAAGUUGAUGGAGAUGGAGCUAUCCCUCAUGUAUGACAUCGUCUACACAAAGGCCAGCGUGAUCCACACAUGGUAUGGAUGGCGCAUCCGUAUCAUUUCACUGAUUGCCACGGUUGCUGCCUGCUGUCUGUUUCAGCUCAGCAACAAGCAUGGCCACGACAAAAAAGACGUGGCCAUCACCUACGUCUUGUUGGUUGGGGCCUUGAUCCUGGAGGUGAUAUCCAUGGCGAGGGCGCUCAUGUCCACCUGGACACGUGUCCUGUUGAACCAAAAGAACUGGCCCCGGCUCUACUACGAGCUUCAGUCUGUCCGGCACCUUCUUAGGGCUACAAGGCAUAGGAGGUGGUCAGGUUAUCUAGGGCAGUUCAACUUAUUCCAAUCUGUCGCCCAUGACGCAGUGAAGCCGAUGACUGGCAUGUCGACGGCAAGGUUUCUGGGUCUGGAGCUCUUGGUGGAGCAAUGGUGGGACGAACUGCACCACUCUCAGUCCACCGAGCUUUCAGAGUCUAUCAAGGAGAUGGUCCUGAGAGAGAUACUUGAGAUGGGAAAUCGUCGUGAGGACAUUGGCUCAAAGCCGGGUCUGCAGACACUAGAACGUUUGUUGCUGGACGAGUGUGUCAGCUGGAGCAUCCGAGACAUGGAGUUUGAGGACAGCAUCAUGGCAUGGCAUAUCGCUAGCGAGAUCUGCAUGUUCAAUGACCACAGCAACAAGGCAAGUCUGCUAGAGGCGAUCAGGGUGCUCUCCAACUACAUGAUGUUUCUCCUUGUGCUACGACCCUACAUGCUGCCCGGACCUGUCCGGCGCAGCCGCUACGUCCAUCUCCGUGACGAGCUGCAUGAGGUGAUGCAGAUUGCGACAGGAGACUCGGCCGAAGAGCGACGUAGGUGGGCACUUCGGAAGGGGUUAUCUGCUCAUAUGAAUUCCUUAGAUCCUCCUGCACAUUACGACACCGGAGUAAGACUUGGCGAUGUGCUCUGCCGCCGACACGACAGGCUGGACGUGAUCUUCAAAGUGUGGGUAGAGAUGUUGUGCUAUGUGGCCAACCACUGCAGUAGAGAGUCCCACGCCAGGCAGCUCAGCUGUGGUGGUGAACUCGUUACCAUAGUGUGGCUUAUGGCAAGGCAUGCCAACUUGUCUUAAGAUUCUUGUAAAGUCAUAAGCCACCAUAGUGUGGCUUGUGGGCUUAGCUAGCACAAUUUUACAAUAUGAUUAUUUAUUCGCAAGAUAAGCAAGAUGAUUGAUUUAACUUUAUGCUAUAAAAUAAAAAAAAUAAAGUUCUCCACAUGUAUUCUUAAAUAUUGUA